GCGGAAGUCAACAAAGGAGGCAGGGAGUGUAGCGACCGGAACCUUCCUGAUGUUUGGUACUUUUUAGACAUUUUAUAAUGUAUUUUUUAAGCGGAAACAUAGAGGAAGCCUCAGAUCGAAUGAAGAUAAAAGUAUUAAUUUACUGAGAGACGAUUUUUAGCUGCUUAAUCUGAAGAAGAACAAAUUUUAAUAAUGGAUAAAGACAAUUAUGGAGCCUCAAAAGUGAACGUGUUUCUUGUUUUGACUUACGGCAUUUUGUUUUCUGCUGGGAAACUCCCAUUACUACAGACAGACUGAUAGGGUCAGCUGCCCACAUCAAGAAAAGGAAAGUCCAUAGUUUCAGUGUCCCAGCAGGACAAACCUGUUCAACUGUCAACAAGGUGUUUGUUUUGCUGUUCAUCUUUAUAAAAAGACAAAUUAUGCACUUUGCCAUUAAGUCUCGAAGAGGACCACAUGUUCCCAUUGGCCACAAUGCUCCAAAGGAGCUGAAACAAGUAAUUGAAGCCAAAUUGUGCGAGGUCCAGAAAAUCCACUUUGAGCCCCGUCUGUUGUCCCCAGCUGAUGACCGACUAACACAGAGACGACAGUCUGGUUCUGAUGACUAUCUGUACAGGAUGAAAGCACUAGACGCUGUCCGGGACACUGAUUUUCCUUUCCGUGAACUGGGUGGCACUCCCACCGCUGUGACGGGAAAAACAUUUCGGACCUGGCUGCUGCAGCUGCGAAAUUCCCACUGCAUGCUUAGAGACAAGCAGAGCUCUCUGAUAGACACAGUGUUAGAUGGCUACAACAAAGCACGCCAUGGGGCCGAGGCUUUUGGAGAAGCAGAGUUCAUCAAGUACCAGGAAGCUCUAACUGAGCUAGCCGCUAUCGUGAAGUCUCGCGGCAGCACACUGAGCCAACACCACCAGACUGCAGCCAGAGACCUGACCGGCACCACCGAGCCCAGCAGCCCUUCCUCCUGCUCCUCGUCCCCCACCCAAACCACCUACCUCACAUCUGCAGCGCAGCAGCGCAGCAAGAGGCCCAGGAACUUCCUGGAGCUGAAGAACUUCAAAGAUAACUACAACACGCUAGACAGCACGCUCUGAAAUUAUUAUGGAUCUGUUCAAAGGAAAAAGUUUUAAGUUAUAUACUACUGUCUGUAAUCCCAGUGCCUCGCUCACUGUCACCUGACAGUAUCAGAUUAAACACACUGCCUUCUUAUUAUGACGUGCACUGCAGAACACUGCAUAUCAGACUACUGAUUCAAACACUGCUAUUUGCCUACGUGUGGCACCUUUUCUAUUACUGCAUGUAAACUGUAAGUGCUAGAAUAUAACUGAUAGUAAGCAGGGUUGACUUGACCAAAACAAAAAAAAUUAUAAUGCUUAUGCAACAGCAUAGGACAAUCAGUAUUUAUUGCACAAUGUAUUCACCUAUGCAGAUAUGUUCAAAUUAACCACCUAAGUGUAUAAAAUAAUAGUUAAUAGCUAUGAAAUAAACUACUGUAUGUGCAUUUUUCUAUCAUGAAAGAAAACACUGUUUAUGCCAGUAAUUUUUAUGUUUAUGUAUGUUUCUAUGUUGUUCCUUUGAGCCAUAUAUAUAUAUUUUUUACUUCCUUUAAGCCUUUUCUUACAAAAGCCAUAUAAUUCAGGAACUGUAUUGAUUAAGUGCCUCUUUUUUGAUCAAUUAUCUUUAUUGACCAGUAUUUUAGUGUUUUAAUAUGUGAUGGGGUUGAGGUAUGACUUCAGGGGAAGACUGUUAACUGUUUAGUCUUACAAAUUAGCCUGCUGAUAUGAGAAGCAUCUAUUUUUUAAUUGUUAGACUUAUCUAAGUUUGAGUACUUUUUAUUUCUUGUGGUGCUUAUGAAUACAUGCUGCCAUGCAAAAAAGGCAAUACUGUCAUGUUGCACAAUAUGCUUAACAUAAUAAACAGUAAAUUCUUAACUGAAAUAUU